UAAGAUUUAAGUUUUAUAAAGCUAUUUAUUAUUUUCUUUUUUAUGUUUUUUGUACAUGGAAAAUAUAUUUUUCACAGGUGCAUUUCUUAUAGCAUAAAAGGGUAUAAAAAGAGCUUUAUUUUGACUUUGAUCGCUCACUUUGUUGGCAGCUAUAUGCUAUAGUCGUCCGGUUUGAUCAAUAUAUACCGAGAUUGUAGCCCGCUUAUCUAUUUUAUAUUUAAGAUAUCUUAUCUUAUAUAUAUAGGACUUGACUUUGAUCGGUUUGUAUGACAGCUAUAUCGUAUAGAGGUAUAGUAUCGGCGGUUCCAAUUAAUGAUUACCUUUUUGGGAUGAAAAGAACGUAUGCAAAAUUUCAGAUUGAUAUCUCAAAAACUGCAGGACUCUCGAGGGUACUAAAUGAACAUAAAGUAGAUGCAAGAAAACUCCAUGAAAUCAAUCCAAGAACUCUGUUAAGCUUGUCGUGGGCAUAAAGAAGUUUUAAUAUUUGUACCCCUCCUUCAAACUAUCUAACGGGAUUUUACUUUCGACCAUCGUGGACUCUAUAUGGCAUACAUAUCAUUAAUAUCUAAGAAAUUAUCCGACCAAACUGAACUAAACUUAAUAAAUUUGAGAAAAAAUUUAAAACAAAGUGGAUCCACUACUUAUGCUAAAUGCAACCAUAUAUAUAUAUAUAUAUGGGGUCGGGAUAUUUACUGUUUGGACUAGCUUCACUUAGAUCCUCCCUAAGUUAUAGCUUAUAAAAGUAUCUGAGACGGACCAUCGUCUUAGAUAUACCUAAAAGAACAUUCUACGGCACUAUUCACAAAAACUUACUGUGAUAUUCCAACAAAUCCACAAGAUUACUCACAUUGGCUCAUUUUUCAGCAUAAACACGUAAAAGCAAAAUUAGAAGGUAUUUAGGUGAAAGUAGUCAGAAGGUAUUUAGUAGAAAUUAUUUUGUAGAAAAAAAUAUAUUUUGUUCUUACUUCACAUCCUAAAGCGAUGCGCCUGCCACCGCUAUGUGCUUAGCCUUAGUUUCAUUUCAGAUGUGAAUUUAGUCGGUAGUGAAACGUCAUGCUUACACGUUGUUACACGGCUAAUUUGCUCUUUCUUUACUGCACGAUCACGACCUUCUCCUUUGAGAUCGCACACUGAGGAGUUCUAGCGCGGCGCAUGCGCAAACAACACAAAGCAGUUGGCCGACGCACGUGCUUCAACGGUGAUUUAUAAUCAUAAUGCUUUCGAUUGUUAUAGUAAGACAUCAAAUUUAUACAUACAUAUACACAAGUAUAUCUGUUAAAUAUGUACAAAUACUUACACUGAUAUGUCAUUUGUUAUUUCAAAAUAUAUACUUCGUCGUUUUAGCGAGAUAUGUCAAUUUUCACUGCAUAAAUAGCGCUAAUGUAAAUCACAUAUCAGGAUAAGUACAACUGUAUUUGAGGAUAUAUACAAAUACGCAUAUAUUUAUAAAAGAAAAAUCACCACGUCGCUCAGAAAGUCGUCGUUUAUUUGUUGUUGUUGUUUAUUUUUCCUUCCACCACUUUUCGCCUAAGUCAACAGGCCACAUUCUCAAGCACUUCCAAAAAACAGAGAAACGCAUUGUUACUAUUCACACAAUUCAACUAAAAACCUGUACCUUUGAAGAAUCACGUCCGUCCACAAAAGGACGGAAUAGUUAUGAAUAGCGAGUGCGUAAAUCUCAAACACUUGGGAAAUCACUUGCGAGACAAGCAGGUAAAUGAGCAAAUAGAAAUAAAUAUCUUACGGAGUUUUCCUUUAAUGACAUACACACAUAUAUACUUACAUAUACACAAAUGUACGCAAUAUAUUCAAGGCUACAGUUAGUUGCACGAGCAUGUGUUGUGCACAUUUCGCUCUGCAGUUAAGGCAAACAGGUAGAUGGGUAGGAUCGAAGGUGCGACUGAGAAGCGCGAGCAAGUGAAGUCUCAGUUUUGAAAGUGUUUUCGAUGAUAACGCUGCUGCAAGUGAAGAAGCGCAUGCGUAUAUAUUUUUUACUGUUUGAAUUGUAAAAUUUCGAUAAACUGCUUUGUUUUAAAAUACAUAGUAAUAAAUAAUUUGAAUGAAAGAUCACCAACACCAUAAACGCAAAAGGACGCUGCAUAAGAUAAACACACAAACAACAACAAUAAAAGCCGCUAAAAUGCUUCAACACAUACCGCCCGCCACAAGCGGGUGUUUCUCCACGCCGCGUCCACGUUUUACCACGCAGCAAUGCUUCACGUUCGCACUCGCCUUAUUUAUUGCCGUGUGUCAACUGCCGGCCGCCACUGUAGCCGUUUUCUCACAGAAAAACUGCCGCGACUUGGGCGCCAACUCGCAUUGUCAAUGCUCGACGAUGCCCUCACGCUACGAAAUCCAAUGCCCGCCCAUGGACUUUAAUCACAAAUUCACCCUACUAAUUAGCCCGGGCGAACAUGUACAGAUCGAUUGUGGUCGCGUGGAUGCACGCGAAUAUAAUUUAUUGCCGAGCAUGUCGAUUGGAGAUAGCAAAAUUGUACAGAUCCGUCAGUGUCCGCUGCCCGGUCAUGAUCCCAUAGCGCGCCUCUUUGAACAUUUGGGCAUAACAAAGGUGAAUUAUUUGAUGUUCGAAAGCGGCGAGUUGGGCGCGAACUUGACACGGCACCACCUCAGUGAUCUCAAGAAUUUGGCGCAUCUGCGCUUUAGCUCAAAUAGUUUGACACACAUGCCGGAAGAUUUGUUCGCCGAUUUGGGUAAUUUGAAUUGGUUAGAUUUGCGUUCGAAUAAUGUCAAUUUGACGGAGAAACUUUUUGAACCACUCAAGAAUUUGACAUUCCUCGAACUGGGCCACAAUAAUUUGAAAACACUACCGCGUGGCAUAUUCAAGAAUCAGCAAAAGUUGUUGCAUCUCAAUUUGUGGGGUAAUCAAUUGCGCAAUUUGACUAGAGAUGUAUUCGAGGAUGCCACUUCACUGACAGACAUCGAUUUAAGCGCGAAUAAUAUUGAGACCUUUGCGCCAGAUGUCUUUCAACCGUUAACACAGCUUGGCAGUCUUUAUAUAAGUGCGAAUCAUAUUCGAGAAUUGCCAUUUGGACUCUUCUCCAAUACUAAAAAUUUGACGGAAUUCCGUUUGAUUAACAAUCGUGUUGCGCUCAUAGCACUGCCAUCAAAGCUUUUUGCCAACUUACCGCACUUGAAGGAAGUGCGUUUGAGUUGCGAACUGGAGAGCGUACCCGAAGAUCUGUUCGAAAACUCAAAUAAGUUGGCGAAUCUAACGCUAAAUGAUAACAUGUUGACCACGCUACCCGAGCAACUGUUAAGAGAUCAGCAUGAAUUGUACGAUCUGGAUCUGUCGCAUAAUCGGCUACAAACACUACCUGAUGGUCUCUUCCAGAACACGAGAAAGCUAGUGGAACUUAAACUGUCACACAACCAGCUACGCGAAAUCUCAAGCGAGCUUUUCAAUCCACUGGUCAAUCUCGAGCUACUACUGCUGGACAAUAACAAUUUGCUAACAAUCAACAUUUACGCCUUCCGCGACACAGCCAACUUAAAGUUUUUGGAUUUGGAGAAUAAUCAAAUCGAUCUCGCCGAAGCACAUGCCGCCAUCCUCGAACCCACGGCGUACAGCAACUCUGAGUUCGAUGCGAAUUCACCAUUCCAAUUUCUCUACAAGCUGCAACAGCUCAAUUUGCGCAACAAUUCCAUCAUGUACAUCUUUAACGACUGGAAGACACAGCUGCUCGAACUGCAGAAACUCGACAUCAGCUACAACAAUAUCACCAUAUUCCAUGACCAAGAUCUACAGUUCCUCAGCAAACAUCCCGUCGAAGUAAAUCUCACGCAUAAUCUCAUACACGAAAUCAACUUCAAUACAAUCCAUAUCAUGGAUGCGCCUUUCGCAAACCGACUUGUACGCAUAGAUCUCAACGACAACCCGCUGCACUGCGACUGCCUUAUGCUGCCCUUCUUAAAGUUUAUCUUCAACGAGUUCAAAGACAAGUUCGAGAAUAAAAUUGAGUUGCUGACGUCGAAUUUGCAGUGUGAAGGUCCGACCGCAUUGCAGGGUAAACAUAUGGAGGAACUGAGUUACAUGGAGCUCCUGUGUCCAUUGGAUGAUAGCGCCUCCAGCGAAAAGCGGUGCCCACGCGGCUGCGAUUGUUGGGUACGUCCGCAUGAUUAUAUGUUGCUGUUGAAUUGCUCCAAUGGCAAUUUGACGCGCUUGCCCGCACUCCCACACGAGCCACUACUUAAAGGCAUUGUACUGUUUGUGGAGAACAACAAUCUUAUGAGAUUGCCGCUUAGCAGCACGACGGGUUACGCAGAUGUGAAGCAACUACACGCUGCCGGCAAUCAGUUGCGUGCCAUCGAAGCCAACAACUUGCCACUGGGUUUGCAAUACUUGGACCUGCGCCACAACAUGCUACAGCGCCUAAAUGAGAGCGUCUUAGAUUACCUGAACAGCAGCAGCACAAUGGAAGCACUUUUACUGUCGCACAAUGCGUGGCUUUGCGACUGUGAGACGAGACCUUUACUUGAGUUCACACAGAGUGCCACGGUAUUGCAGAAACUGAAGGUGCGUGACUUCAAUCAGAUGCGUUGUGCGGUAGAUCCAAUGAAGCCGCAGAAUGUUCAAUGGUUCAAAGAGAUAUCCGUGGCGGAUAUCUGUCCGACACAAAUGGGUUUGGUAAUUGCUAUGGGCAUCAGCAUUGCAUUGUUGGGUCUGUUGAUCGGCAUCUGCGUGGCGCUCUUCUACAAAUAUAAUCAAGAGAUAAAAGUUUUCCUCUAUGCGCACAACUGGUGUCUGUGGUUCGUUACCGAGGAAGAGUUGGACAAGGAAAAGAAGUACGAUGCUUUCGUCUCUUACUCACACAAAGAUGAAUCAUUCAUCGCAGACUAUCUGGUGCCGCAAUUGGAACACGGUCCGAUACCCUUCAAGCUGUGCAUACAUGUGCGUGAUUUCAUUGUUGGUGGCUGCAUACCUGAUCAGAUUAUACGCUCAGUGGAUGAAUCCAGACGCACCAUUGUUGUAUUGUCACAAAACUUUAUCGAAUCCGUGUGGGCGCGUAUGGAAUUCCGUGCAGCUCAUCAGUCGGCGCUCAAUGAGAAACGCAAUCGUUUGAUUGUCAUCAUUUAUAGUGACAUUGAAAAUAUCGAAAAUUUGGAUAGCGAACUGCAAGCAUAUCUAAAGACCAACACCUAUCUGAAAUGGGGCGAUCCAUACUUCUGGGAUAAACUACGUUAUGCCAUGCCACAUCCUAGCAGAAAGCCGACUGGUGGUUUGGAGAAGACCGCAAUGAAGAGUUCGGUCGAUGACAAGCUCGAACUCAUCAAACCAUCACCUGUAACACCCUCACCUACAACACCACCUGCCAUAGCGGCGAAAAAUCCACUCAUAGCCCAUCUGAAUGGUGGCACGCCACAAACAGCGAUCAUUAUACCCAAUGGCAAGAUGACGAACGGCAUGACGCCCAAUUAUCACAUGAACGGCAAGACACAGAAUGGACAUAUUAACGGCGCUUUUAUUAUCAAUACAAAUGCCAAGCAGAGUGAUGUAUAGAACAGGGAGAAGGCGGAAGUGUUUCAGUUCGAUGACGAUUUCUUGUUUCGAUGAACCUGAACCCGAGCCAUGAAUGAGUUCUAAGUUAAUUUAAAGAUUUAAAUUGAAUAAGAAAUGGCAAGUAACAUGUAAAACCCCGACAGCGUGAAAUUUGCUAAUUGCAACAACUAAAAGUAGGCUAAUCAUACACCACAAACAAUGCGGAGUGCAUAACAGAAUGUUGAAGAAACGGGGUAUACUAAACGGCGAUAUGUUUUUAAAUGCUCGGAGGCCCUUAUUAAACGUUAUGCUCACAAUAUGCACGUUUCAGUUUUCUUUUUUUUAUUGUUUUAGAAAAUAUGUAGUAUACUUUUAGGCUUCUAUUGUUAUAAGCAAUUCGGAACUUGUAUCGAUCACAAUUCUGCUAAAAUUUUGGAAAAACGCUCAUUUUUAUAUUAUAUAAAUUAAGGAAAAAGCUUAAUUUAUGCUCCAAUUAUUAUUUUUUAAUUAUUUGAAUUUUAUACUUAAGUUGUUUUUGACUUGUAAAGAAUGAAAACUCACAAACAAACAUAUUUUUGUACUCACGCUAGCGUUAAGCAUAUAACAAGUUAGCCGCUAAACAUAGCUUAACAAUUAAUGUAUGUGUACAAAAAUGAUAAACUUAAAAAAUUCCAUACUUAAGCUGUAUACAAAGCUCAAUGUGUUAAGCUCAAGAACUUUUCAUUUUCAAGGAUUUCAUUUAGAAGAAAAGAAAGUAAUCUCGUUUUCACAUUUUGACAAUCAUUUCGUUAGUUGAUUUUUUAAGAAUCUCACUUGUUAAAUAUAAAUAAUCUCAAGGCAAAGUUUUCACUAUGAAAAUAUAUUGUAUUUUAUUUUUUCGCUUUAAGAGAAUUUCUCGAAUAUUUUAACGGUAUAUAUAUAUACAACUGUAUAUAACACAUCAUAUAGGACAUUAUUUAAGCUCACUUAACUAGCAGACGCAUAUAUGUAUGGCUAUGUAUGUAUGUGAGUAAAUAUAUAUUACAUACUUUGUAAGCACACAAACACACAUUUACACAACAGCAACAAAAUCAACAAAAAUACACAUUUUCACAUUUCACAAAUGCAAUAUGAAAAUUCCAAAAACUAGCGUUAAGUAACAGUACACACACACAUAUAUAUGUAAUGAAUUACAGUAAUGUUUAAGUAUAUAAAUAUAUAGCAUAGAUGUGAACUUAAUUUCAGCUAUUCAAUAAGUAUGUACUUAGUAGAUUUUUCAAAAUAAAUAUAUAUAUAUAUAUAUAGCGAAAAACAAAAUCAAUUUGAACAAGUAAAUAUAAUUAUACAUAUUACACACAUAUAUAUAUAAUAAAUAUAUGUAUUUAGCUUUAGAGGAGUACAUAUACCCAAACAAAUGCCUUCUACAUAAAUAUGAGUAAAACAAAAAUUAAAUUUGAAUAAAAUAAAAUAAAAUAAGCAAAUCAUAUAAAUGUUUGAGCUGAUAACUGUGCAUGCCGUACAUAUGUACCAUAUACUC